AUGUCUGCCUCGGCCGUUCAGACUUCCAUCAAGACCGCCCUCGGUGCGCUGCCGUCAAAGUUUAGCAAAGCCCGAAGCUCCGGUGCCCUAUACUUUUUCGAUAGCGAAGUGAAGGAUGUCGAACAAGAUGGCAAUCGAUUCCAGAUUCGAGUCUGCCCGGCUCUGCAGGACAAGGCAAAGGCCAAGAGGGAAGCUGAUGCCAAAGUAGGCAACAAUGAGCAGGAUCAGGCGGAACCCAACAAGUCUUCCCCCUUCGAGCCGCCUUAUGUGGAGGAUCUCUUCGUAGGAGACCUUCAGGGGUCGCAGGGCGAAGAAGGAAUGGCCAUGUUGCUCAACAAGUACGCAGUAUUACCCGAGCACUUGCUUCUCUGUACAAAAACCCAACAACCGCAAUCAAGCCCUCCUACCCCUCACCAACUACUCCUUACCUAUCUGACUAUACAUGCCGCAUCGAAACACUCGACGAACAGGUUGUUGGCCUUUUAUAAUGGUGGAGAAGGCGCUGGAGCCAGUCAGACAUGGAGACAUCUGCAGUGUAUCGAGGUACCCAGGAACGAGGGUGCACCGAUCGAGGAAUGGGUAGAAGACCUGGAAGUGGAGAGGAAAGACAAACCGUUUGUCAAUACGAGACUACCUCACCUUCACCUAAUGCAUCACCUACCUCCCGCCAAGAACCUGUCUAGCACCUGGACAGACGAGUCGCUCGACAAGAUGGAGAUGAGCCUGGCUUCGGCCAUGGUCUCCCUCUUGGACGCCAUGUACGAUGCUCUCAGGAGGAACAACGCCGGACGAGAUGGCGGGUGGAACCUGCUGAUGACCCUUGACCAUCUUCACUUGAUUCCCCGUUCGAAACCCAACUACCAACUACCCGGGGGCUCUAAACUGGAAGUCAACUCGCUCGCUUUCGCCGGAAUGUUGCUGGUCAAAUCGAACGAAGAGCUCGAACUCCUCAACAAGACUACCGAGACGAACGAGAAUGGGGGAACCCAAGGAUUGAUGAGGGUGCUGGAACAUUGCGGGGUACCGCGAGCUUGGGGAGAAUGGGAAGAGGCGGCGGAAGGGACCUUGGCUGAACCGGUUCAGCAGCAGCUGUAA